AUGGCAGGCGACGCUCGAAGGAAGGGAGGUGUCUACAGCACCAAUCCCAACACCGUCAGGACUCGUCAAAGCCUUAAUAGCCUUCCACCCAAGACGAAGGAGCUUAGGAGAACAACUUUCCUGGAGUACCGUUCUCUUCGCACCUGCUGCAUCACUCGGUCCAAGAAAUCCGACUAUAUCAGGUCCCAGUCGCGUGAUGAGAAGCUUGCAAUGCUUCGUGAGGCCUGUAGAAGCACUCUGGCCAAUCGCCAAAAGAAGGGAACCGAGCUCAUGGGCACUGAUGUUGAUGAGUUCACGGCCCGCUUCCACGACAAGGCCCUCCUCGCCCAAGGAGGCAGUCCAAACUCUGAUCCUGUCCCUGAUGAGUCUGAUACCAAUGACUCUGAUGGGACCGAAAUCUCCAGUGCCAACGACCAGGAUUUCGAUCCCAACACACUUACUGGCCUUCAGAUGGCCAACAAUGCUCAGAUGGCCCAGGUCACAACUGCUCCGUCCCCUCUUGGCUUCAACAUAGCCAACAGAGUUCAGAUGGCCCAGGCCACAGAUGCCCCCGGCCCUGCUGGUUUUGCUGACUUUGCUGGCAACAACAACGACCUCGGUUUGAACGAGCAGGCCGUCAUGACCUACAAUGGAGUCGUGGCUUCCGACCCUGCGGUCCAGUUUGGCCAGGCCGACUUCGCCAACUACCAGGACGGAAGCCUGUACCCCGCGCCUGCCGCCCGUCCUAGCCCGGCUGGCUUUGCCAUCAACCACGAUGGAGGCGUUUACUCCGCACCUGCCGACAAUCAGUUCGGUCCGGCCAACUUCGCCAACUUUUACGACGAAAGCUUCAAUCCCGCGCUUGCCACUCCGGAUGACUUUGUCAACGGUGACGAGAGUAGCGUUUACCCCCCGCCUCCGAGCGCGCCUCCCUCGCCCGGCUUCGCCGACUACCGAGACCCAGGCAUCAUGGCCGUUGAGCAGGAGCCCACCAAGCGGCACCAGGAGACCCCGAACGGCUUUGUCGCGCCGCCUUCCGUUGCUAUAGUCUCAACUUUAGCCAGCUACGAGACCAGCUUCGAGCACCGUCUCCGACACAGCGAGAUCUUGGCUGAAGUUGGUGGACCAGUCCCAACUUUCAUCUCGAGAACUUGGACUCGAGGACCGCGCGCAACCAACAACCUCUCGUGGGCAGACAACAGCGGACGUGAGGCUGGACUGCCCGAUCACGAGGCGUAA